CCAAACCCAAAACACCGUCAAUCAUGCCUGCCUAUCAUUCAUCCUUCUUGGACUUCCAUGACACUCGCACCGUUGGGAACUUCGCCCUCCUUCCCCUCAAGACCCGCUUCAAGGGUCCAGCAUACCCACUGAGCAACCCACAAGACCCCGACAUCAUCGACGAAUGCAUCGAACUCUUCCGCGCAAACUGUUUCUUCCGUAACUUCGAAAUCCGCGGCCCAGCAGACCGCACCCUCAUCUACGGCAUUCUCUUCAUCUCCGACUGCCUCCAACGUCUCUCCUCCCGUACCCCGCCCACCCAAUCCGAAGCCGUUAAAUCUCUAAACUCGUUGGCGUUGGAGCAGUUUACGAUUCCCGGUGAGCCUGGGUUCCCGAUGAAUGGGAUGUUUGCUCCACCGGCGGGGAGGAGCGAGGGAGAGUUGUUGAAGGGGUAUUUGGGGCAGUUUAGGCAGGAGUUGGGGCAGAGGUUGAUUUUGAAGGUUUAUGAGGGGGGGGAGGGGGGUGCGCCGAGUAAGUGGUGGAUGGCAUUUUCGAAGAAGAGGUUUAUGAACAAGUCUCUGUGA